AUGUGGAGCGGAGUUGUAACCGAAAGGAAGAUAUCCAGGAGACUGAGGCUAAUCAAGAGGGUGCGAGAGGAGUAUGUCCGGGACGAUGUGUCCUGUGGGUUUGAAUGCUGCGGAGGCCCGUGCAGGGCGAGUGGAAAGGCCUCUGUCUUUGCGAUUCCCGAUGCAAACGUUGUGUCCAGAUAUAGAGCUCUGCUCAAGAGCGACUAUGUUGCCGCAAUAAUAUGCCAGUCUGUUCUCUCAGAGCUCUCAAAGAACGACGAGAGGGGUCUAAGAGACGUUGCGAGAGAAAGGGGAUAUCCCGUGUUCUGUGACAGCUUUUGCAGAUCGACACACGGAAAAGGUCUGGAGGGUGUCCUGGAGUUCUACAGGGCCCAUUUGCCCCAGCACAACUUCACCAUUCUAGAUAUCGGAAACAUCGGGGAGUAUGGCAGAUAUGUCUCAGAUGACAUCAGGGAUCUCCUGGAAAAUGUCGACGAAAAGGAAGCAACUGAGUAUGAGGAGUAUGUGGAGAACCUGGACAUCUUGUACGGAAGGAAAGGGUUGUACAGGGGAACGCUUGAGGUCAGCAUGUACAACUGCUACAGCGGAUUUGUGGUGGACGGAGAUGUCAAGGUGCUUGUUGUUGGGAAAAAGAACAUGAACAGGGCACUCAGUGGAGACGAGGUUUAUGUCGAGGUUGUGGACGAGUACGACGAAGACGGGAUACUGCUUGACAAUGAAGAGGGCACCCAAGAGACAAGGAAAGGCGCGGCAGGCGAGGGUGUGUUUGGGAAGGUUGUUGGGAUCCACAGGAGGAAGUGCAGGGCUGUUAUAGGGUCCAUUUCUCCGAGGACAGUCCAUGGAGAUGGAGCCCAGAAUGUCUUAGUGAUUCCCAUUGACAGGAGAAUACCAGCAAUUAGGAUUAGGACAAGCCAGGCCGAGGAGCUAAUGAAUAAGAGGCUCUGCGUCGAGAUCGAUGGAUGGGAAAGAACAAGCAACUACCCCUCCGGGCAUUACUAUAGAAGGCUGGGGACUCUUGGGGACAGGAAUGCAGAGAUGGAGGCUGUGCUGGUUGCAAAUGGCAUAACAUACUACAACAAGAAUUGGGCUGAAAUUCUCAGGGUCCCCUGGAUGAACGAAGAUAUCUUUGGUAUGGAGAAAGCAUACAAUGAAGUCAGAGAAGGCACUAGGGAAGACUUCCGCGAACUGAGCAUUGUGAGCAUCGAUCCGCCGGACUGCGAAGACAUCGACGAUGCUCUCCACUGCAGGCUUCUUCCAAAUGGGAAUUGGGAGGUGGGAGUUCACAUUGCAGAUGUCACAUACUAUGUUACCAAAGGCUCUGAGAUAGACAAGAUAGCAGCCGACAGAGGGACAACUAUCUACCUACCUGAGUGGCGAAUUGACAUGCUGCCCCCUGCGCUGAGUACGGAUCUGUGCAGCCUAGUUGCUGGAAAGGAUAGGGCAGCCUUUUCUGUGGUCUGGGAGAUGAGUAGUGAUGUAAGGGUUGUAAGAACACAUUUCUGCAGAUCACUAAUAAGAUCAAAGAGAUCGUUUAGCUAUAAUGAGGCUUACGAUGCCGUCCAGGGGCUUGUGGAUGCCGGCGACGAGGUGUCCCGGUCCCUGCGGAUGCUCCUUGAGAUAAGUAGGGUCCUAAGAAGCAGAAGGUUUGCGAAGGGUUCGCUGGAUCUAAGCACAAGACAGCUUGUGUUUCGAGAGGGCGGGUUCGAGAUGAAGGAAUACUUUCCAACCAACUUUCUUGUUGAGGAGUUUAUGGUCCUGGCAAAUAUUUCUGUUGCUUCAUUCAUAUACCACCACCAUCCGGACUCUUCGUUGCUCAGGAAGCAUCCUCCUCCGUCUGUCCUGGACAUUGGCCUUGAUAUCGACACCUCCUCGCCCAGGGCUCUUAGUGAAUCUCUGGAGAAAAUGGAGGGUGUCAGAAAGGAUCUGGCAAAGAGAAUGCUGAUCAGAUCCAUGAACCAGGCUGUGUAUGUUGUGUCUGGGGAAACCCCCAGCCUCCACCACUACGGACUUGCAACGCCGAUAUACACGCACUUCACUUCCCCAAUCAGAAGAUAUGCAGAUAUCAUAGUUCACAGGAUUCUAAACCACAUUCUGCAAACGGCACCGACCAAGGAGGCUCAGAUAAACAAGCUAGGGAUUGUGACGUUCAGGGCUCGAAAGAGAACUGAUGGAGAAUCUAUGGACGAGGUUUUUGUUGAUGAGGAUAUGUGCAGAAACAUGAAUUCGAGGCAUCGGGCUGCCAGGAAGGCUGCUUGGGAGUGCGACAAGCUGACUGUAUACAUGGCGCUCAGGAACGAGGAGCCUGUUGUUAGGGGGUUUGUCACAAACAUCAAGCCGAACGGGAUAGUUGUAUAUGUUCCAGAGUACAGCCUUGAGGAGGUUGUCGUCUCUGAGGGAUGCUUCGAGAUGUUUCAGGAGGUCUGGGUCAAGAUUCGAAGGGAUGACGAGAAGUUCUUCUUGAGAAGGAGAUUCACAUUCGAGAUUGUUGGCCUCUCUUCUCCUUGUUAA